AUGGCGGCCUCCACAUACCAGACGUUCGCACUCUCCCCAGUUCGCGACAGCAAGCACGCUGUGCGGUUGACUGUUUUCAACCCACCGAUCAAUUUGCUAAACGGCGCAUUGCUCACCGACCUGCACGCCUACCUAGAGGUUCUACGGACACAGCCGGAGGAGGCGCCCAAAGUGGUCGUCAUCUCGAGCAACGACCCUGAUUUUUGGAUCGGCCACCUCGAUCUUCAUAUCGUCAGCGUACAAUACCCACUGGCGAGGCCUGAAGAAGCAGGCCAUUUUCUGCAUCUUCUUGGCGGCAUCCUCAACCUUUUUCUGACCUUACCUACCGUCUUCAUUGCGGAAGUGAACGGCGCAGCCGUAGGCGGUGGCAAUGAAUUCGCCGUCAACAUGGAUAUGCGCUUCGCUGGGCCAAGGGCUCGUUUCGGGGUGCCGGAGGUGGGUGGUGGCAUUGUGCACGGGGGCGGGAUCCAACAGCUCGUGAAGCUUAUUGGUCCUGGGAGAGCUAUGCAGAUGAUGUUGUCGUCGCAAGGUGUCUUGGGCGAGGAAGCGAAGAGGCUGGGGUUGGUUAACGGCUUCACGGAGGACGAGAAGCAUCUUCGAGAGUUCGUGGAUGACUUGGCAGUUCGCAUCGCAUCGUUUCCGAGAGGCGGCUUACAAGGGACGAAGGCGAGCAUCAGAGCAUGUUUGGAUGGAUCCGGGAGCAUGGGCGCGGACAUGAAGAAGUUAGGCGAGUUGGCACAUACGCAGGAAGCGCAGAGGGCCAUCUCUGCGUUCAUCGAGAAGGGCGAGGAUCAGACGAAAAGUACAUGGGAGCUCAGACUGCCGGAUAGCGUUGUUGAAAUCUGGGAGUCAUGA